AUGGAGCCGCCGGCGACAGUUGGUGACGGCGGCGGAGGCGGAGCAAGGCGCCAGCAGCAGCAACAGCAGGGCGCGGGGAGUAUGUUGACGGGGAUAAUUAGGGUGGCGGUGUUCUGGUACUUUGCGUCCAAAUUCUUCGGACCCAAGCGACCGCCGCCGCAGUCCUCUCACCAGAUCUCCAAUCUAUUUCACAAGGGGGAAACUUUGGAUAUGUGGUUAUAUCUUUCUGAGCAGGAGAAAUUUAAUGACUUCGGCAGUGAGGGAGCCCUUGUCUGGCAGGAGACAAGCAUACCUUAUGCUGUUUGGACAGCAGAUAGUACCAGAACUCUAUCCUUGAAGUAUUAUCCUUCUGAGGCUUUAAAGAACAAUGGGAGUCUUUAUGCUCAUGUUUUCUUUGCUAGGUCUGGCUAUCCGCCAGACCCCAAGGACCCUGAGUUCCAACCUUUGGCUGCAUUUGGGAGAACCCACCCUUUGGUGACAUAUUUGCCGAAGAAGGCUGACAAGAAGAAGAGUCUUUUAGGGAACUCCAAGGACGCUGUAGUUGAUGAAAAGGCCACCGAGGUACCCAAUGAUUCUAAUGAUGAUGUCAAAGAGGAUGGACCAGUUGAAUGGAUGUCAUAUUGGAAACCUAAUGUUACCAUAAAUCUAGUUGAUGAUUUUACCAGAUACUCACAGAAUGCAAUUCCGCCACAUAUUGCUCCUUACUUCAACGUUGAAAAUAGUACCGGAAACUACUACCCGACCAUCUUCUUCAACGAUUUUUGGUUACUUCGAGAUAAGUUAAUACCGGUCAAUGAGACAGUGAAUGAAUUGCCUCUGAAUCUAGAGGUUGGCCCCAUCAGCAUGACUAAAUGGCAGCUAUACCUACAGAUUGACCAGUCAUUCCAGAUUCAUAGGAAUUAUGGGAGCAUGCUCGAAGGUGAAGCUGACGAACUUAAGAGAGUUUUUCUGGAAGGAAAUCCUUAUCUUUUGGCGAUUACAAUGGUUGUUUCAGUACUUCACUCUUUGUUCGACUUCUUGGCUUUUAAGAACGAUAUUCAGUUUUGGAAUAAAAACAAGUCCAUGGAGGGAUUAUCUGCAAAAUCCGUUGUCGUAAAUUUCUUUUGUCAGCUUAUAGUUUUCCUCUAUCUGCUUGACAAUGAAACUUCGUGGAUGAUACUUGCAAGCUCUGGUAUUGGCUGCUGCAUUGAGUUCUGGAAAAUAGGAAAAGCCAUGCACAUUGAGAUUGAUAGAUCUGGUGUGAUACCUAGGCUGAGGUUCCGUGACCGUGAGUCAUAUGCUAGUAACAAGACUAAAGAAUAUGAUGAUAUUGCAAUGAAGUACUUGACAUAUGUUCUCUUCUUUCUCGCCGUCUGUUUCUCUAUUUAUUCUCUGAAGUAUGAACGCCACAAGAGUUGGUACUCUUGGAUUCUCUCAUCUCUCACGAGCUGCGUCUACAUGUUUGGUUUUAUUAUGAUGUGCCCACAACUGUUCAUUAACUAUAAGCUAAAGUCUGUUGCACAUAUGCCUUGGAGGCAGAUGACGUACAAAUUCCUGAACACGAUCAUUGAUGAUCUAUUUGCAUUUGUCAUUAAGAUGCCGGUCCUUCAUCGACUUUCUGUCUUCCGUGAUGAUGUUAUAUUCUUGAUAUACCUUUAUCAAAGAUGGAUCUACCCGGUGGACAAAAAACGAGUGAAUGAAUUUGGUUUUGGUGGCGAGGAUGAACAGGCCACAACAAGCACGCAGACGCAGGCAAUUGAGCAGAGUGAAGAAGAGAAGAAGACUAACUGA